CCGAAACGGCCGAAGCAUCUUGUAUGUAGUGGGUGUGUUAAAGAGCCGCUGCUUUACAGAGUUUUGAUUGGAUCUGCACAUUGAGACUACGUACGGUUAGAAUAUUGGGGACAUUGCCCGCUUAACUCGCCCCUGUAUUGAAAGCAUGGAAGCUCCGCUGGCUAAGUGCUUGGAAGAGGUCGUGGACAGUGGAGCAGUUGGUGUAAUUUGCGCUGAUAGACAUGGCUUGGCUCUGCACAGUUCGGGUCCAGUGCAGCUUAAAUCUGCCGGAGUGAUUGCAACGUUAGCUAGUUUGGCCAAGGAAAUCGACCCAUCGUGUGAUACGACUCCCACCAUACACCUCGAAUCUGAUUCACUGGACAUCAUGAUACAACAGAAGGAGCUGGUCACAGUGGGUGUCUACUCUGCAGCGAAGAAAUAGUGUGCUUUGUGAAAUGUCAGUGAAGCUGUUUUUGUUAACUUCUUAACCUGUGUGGCCCAUCAUAUUUAAUGUGUGGAAAUAAACUGUUUUUAGUGCUC